AUGCUUGAAAACCUCCUACCGAACGACUACCUACCCUAUCUAGAAUAUCUUCCCGAUAUCCGGGUUCUAGUCAAUGUUGCCAUUCCGUUGGCGCCGCUAUAUACGUACGGUACCACCUGUUGGGGCAUCCACAAACGGAAAACAUCUGUAGGCUAUAGUAUCGACAUCUGUGCAACUAUGCUCAUAUCGUCGAUUCUACGGAUCCUCUACUACUUCAUCUCGCCGUACGAACUGUCGCUUUUGCAGCAGUCGGUCGUGAUGAUCGCAAUCCAGUGUGUUCUCUUGAAAGUGAGUUUGGCCUAUCGGCCGCAUACCUACAAUCCCGACGCAUUGAGCGAUACCUCUGCGAUUUGGGAGCAGCUCGAGACGCUUCCGCCGAUCACGUUGGUGCCUGCUCUCGAGUCCGAUUCGGUGCUCACUGUCUCCAAGAACGUGUUGGAAAGCUAUGCAAAACGGAGCAUCCAGGUGGCUGCGAUCUGGAGUCAAUACGUCUUGUCUCUUUUCGAUGUCUAUUAUAAGCGUCCCGGCUUGUUUUGGCAGUGGUCGCUGGAACGUCUGUACUGGCGCUUCUUGCAGAUCUUCACCAUUAGCUUCACAGCGCUCACUCUAAUUUUCCGGUCCAGUCCGCUUUAUGGAGCUGCCAUUGGUGGCAUAGGCCUCUUUGUGGAGGCGCUUCUUCCGUUGCCUCAGAUCAUGAUGAUCCAUCGGCUCCAGUCUGUAGCCAACUUCAAGGUCAUUCUCUUGGUGCUGUGGCUUUCAGGCGACUGCUUGAAGCUCUCGUAUCUCUUUUACGGCACCGAUAAUGUGCUGACGGUAUUCUUUGCUGCUGCCUUUUUCCAGAUGGGCCUAGACUUGAUUGUUUUGGCUCAAUAUCUACAUUUCUCGAAACAAGACGUGGAAAUGCUUCCAACGUACGAACUCCCCACUAUCAAACCUUCACAAAUGAGGCAAACUCCAGUGCCGUCAUCAUAUUGA